AUGGCGCCCACUACCAUGACCCCCAUGAACAUGUCCCUGUUCGUCCGCUCUCGGGAGAACUGGGAUGAUCCAGAGAGGGAAGAAUUCCUCGGCUGGUAUAUUGCCGGUUGGGCGUUGGGAAUGUUUGUAAUUCUCAUUCUUGUGUUGAAGUUUGCGCGUCACAAGGAGAGGAUCAUGCCCAAGCUCCAAACCUGCAAGGAGAACUUGGAGGAUCUGGGGGAGAAAAUGACGUGGAAGCCGUCGAAGACCUCCACGGUUAUCGCUAAGCCACCGUCGGCUCAUGUGGCUAAUCACCACGUUGAGGAGGUUUCGGAGGUGGAUCGCAUCACUGCGGAUCUGAGCCCUAGUUACCUCCAGAAGACUACUGCGGUCAUGGGGUAUACUUAG